UAGUAAGUGACUAAUAACAUUAUAAGUGACUGAUAACAUAGACUGGAUUGGUCCCUGAGUUCAGAGACUGGGUUGCCAUUGAGUGAAAAAUAGACAACGAAAUCUUGAAGAAUCGCACAGAGGUGCAAGCCAAAUUUAGCCCUCUCCAAGUAAUGUUGGUUGAACUGAGAAAUUGCUAAACCAAACCUGUAUCAGGACUGGUUAUUUUGGUGUCUCUCUUUGCCAUUGUUGCCUCUUGCUGUUAUAUUGCUUCCUGUGUUGUCUUUCUAGAUCCAGAUGUUCUCAGAUAAUUCACAUUGCCCUGAUUGUGGACAACAGUGGUUCCCUAGUUUAGAACUAGGCCAUUGGUUGUACCAAACUGAACUUGUCGAAAAUGAAUGUUACCAAGUAUUCUUAGACCGUAUUAACAGAGCUGAUUAUUGCCCUGAGUGUUAUCCUGAUAAUCCUGCCAAUAGAAGCCUUGUUCUUCCAUGGUCUUUCCCACUUGAGUGGGCUCCCCAAAAUCUCACCAGGUGGACCUUUGAAAAAGCUUGCCAUCCAUUUCUUCUGGGUCCUCCACUGGUUAGAAAAAGAAUACAUGACUCUAGAUUAGCUGGUUUUAACCCUGCAUUACAGUUAAUCUUGACCAGAACGGACAAAACCUUAAAUAAAAAACUUGGCCAAAGCAAAUGACUUCUCUAACAGUCAAAAUCAUCAAGUUCUAGGGGGUUAUGUGCUAGUAGCCCAAGGAAGAUGGGAAAAAUAACUCAUUUCUAACUCUGACCCACACUGUCACUUACUUUGGGGAUCUGCUUAAAUCAUUGGAUCUGCUUCUGUGGCCUACACAAAUUUUGUUCAGCAUGAGUUUAGUCAGUAUUCAAGCCAGAUUGUUCAUCUACAGCUAGACUAAUCCAUAUUCCCUAUAAGCAAUGUUUUGAACUAUCUUGCCACUCCUAAAAAGUUCCACAGCCUAAUUAUUGACAAAGGAUAAGGUAGUCCUAGAAGGGAGGCCCCACAGUGCGUGCUGCAUAGUGGUAUUUCUAAAGGUAACUUUUGUGGGAAAGCAUUCUCAUAGAACCUGGAUCCUAGAUUAUUCCAGUAAAUUUUAAUAAGAAUUACGUUCCAAAUUCCACAUCUUAUACAUUGAUCAGUGAUGGUAUAUAUUUAUAUAUAUAUCAAUAUAUAACCAUUUAUUCAUCAUUGACUCUGGCCCAUCCUCAGUGUGGCUGUGAUAGUGAUAACUGGUCACUGUCAGAGAAGUCACAUUGUAUUAGGCAGCACAUGCCUAGCUUGUGUAAAAACAUGCAGAAAUAUGCCACCUGUCUGCACUUUGCUCUACAUGAACAAAGACUGACCUUUGUGAUGAGUGAAUUUACAAUGUCCUCCCCUGGAAAUGGAAAAGUACCUAUAGGAGAUAUAUGAUGAAAGGAAUUAUCGAGCCUAACUCCAUAUGUAUUAUGAACAGUCUACGGAAAGCAUCUUUCUUAGAACUAACAAGGUCUUGCUGAAUAUUGGCCACAUUCUGGAUUUUUCUUGUUUAUGAAAAUCAUGGAACCAGAGUUGGGGUUAAAUACCUAGAAAAAGCUAUUGAAAACAACUCAGAGGCCACUGAACAAUUUUUAAAUUACACUUAAUAUGCUAGGUAUCUAGUGCUAGUAUGUUACCUCAACAAUGUUAUCAUGGACCCAAGUUCUUUCCGUCUUUCCCUGGGAUCCUUGUCAUGUUUGCUUUUUGUCCUUAUGGUGGUUUCUUCAAUGAGUACAAUAUCGUUGUUGUACCAGAUAAUUUAAUCCCAGGCAAAGGCUAGAAGUAGGAAGCAAAAGGCUUUUUCCUUUCAAGUCUAUCUUUUAUUUGGCAAUAAAGUCUUUCCCCAAAGUUCAUAGCAGGUUUCUUCUUUUUUUUUGAGACAGAGUCUCGCUUUGUUGCCCAGGCUAGAGCGAGUGCCAUGGCGUCAGCCUAGC